CCAUUUUGACUUGAGAAAUUAUGUCAAAAUCUUUUUCUACUCACAGUUGAAAGAUCUGAAGGGGACUGGGAGUGGGCUACUGAAGGAGAGAGGAGGACACGGGCUGGGGGACUGGGAUCUAUGGAUGCAGGACGAUGCCUCGCACAUUAAACAUCAGAUCUCCCCUCUGACAGCAUACAGGGCAGGUCUGACAAGGGAUUGCCGUUGGUCGGACAUCAGAAAGUGUUACUGGUGUCUGUGUUGUAAUGUGAGGCAGCCCGUGCUAAUGGACGGCUGGACUAUCUGACCACUGAGGUCUCCACCAAUGUGUUUUAACAGGUCUCUGCAUCCCAUCUAAGGAAACACACACUCUGACUGAAGGCAUUCUCUUUGCUCUGUAGGCUGCAGUCAUGUUUUGGACGUUUGACCUGCACAACUCCUCUCAGGUUGAAAAGCUCUUGGAGAAGGAGGAUGUGACCUUGCAGGAGCUUCUGGAUGAGGAGGAUGUGCUGCAGGAAUGUAAGGCUCAGAAUCAGCCCCUCCUCCUCUUCCUCACACGGGACAGCAGCAUGCUGGAGCUGCUCAACCUCAUCACUCACGAGCCCCCUACUGACAGGGAGGAGAAAAUGCGUUUCAAGUAUGCUAAUAUAGCGUGUGAGUUGUUGACGUGUGAUGUGUCUCUCAUCAACGAUAAAGUGGGCGGAGACGAGUCUCUGUUGAACACACUGUACAGCUUCCUAGAGCAGACGCCCCCCCUGAACCCUCUGCUGGCAUCAUUCUUCAGUAAAACUCUCGGCAACCUCAUCAGCCGCCAGACAGAGCAGGUGAUUGCUUUCCUGAAGAAAAAGCAGGAUUUCAUCGGACUGGUGCUGAAACACAUGGACACGUCAGCCAUGAUGGAUCUACUGCUGCGUCUGAUUAGCAGUGUGGAGCCCACCUCGCUCAGACAGGAAGUGCUAACUUGGCUGAAUGAAGAGAAGCUGAUUCAGAGACUCAUCGAGCUGAUAAACCCUCAGAAUGACGAUGAGAGGCUGUCGAAUGUGUCUCAGACCCUGUGUGACAUCAUCCGUCUGAGCAGAGAUCAGGCCAGUCUGACACAGGAGACAUCAGACCCCGACCCUCUGCUCACAACACUAGAGAUGCAGCAGAACGUAGAGGCCCUGUUAAAGAAUAUGUUUGGAGGAGAGAGGAGUGAAGUCUGCAUCGUCUACGGAACGCAAUUGUUACUCGCAUUGUUGGAUACUCAGAGAUCAGGCAUUAUGCAGGUGAUCGACCCGUGUUCUCAGGGAUUGGAAAAGUCUAACACUGUAAACAACAGCAUAUUAAUGGGCAUCCAGCCACAUCUAAAGAACUUCCAUCAUCUCCUGCUAAACCCACCCAAGACAUGUGCGAUGUUGACCACAUUGGGUGUUUUGGAGGAGCCAUUUGGCAAUGCCCGACUGCAUGCUUGCAGACUGAUGGCUGCUCUUCUGUACACUAGAGCUCCCAGAAUCCACCACGAGCUCUGCCGACUGAACAUGAUCAACCUGCUACUGGACUUGUUUUUUAAAUUCACCUGGAAUAACUUCCUACACGCACAAGUGGAGCAGUGUGUCUCUGCCAUCUUUAACCAGAACACGCCACUAAACAUAUCAAUGCAGGACAGUCCAGAUCCGACUCAAAUUCAACUGGAGGACACACGCACAGACACGCCCCAUCCCAGUGAGACGGACACACAAAACUCUGACAGAUUCACACGCUACUUAAUAAAGCAUCUGAUUAAGGACUGCGGGCUGGUUCAGAGGAUUUUGGAUGCUUGGGAAGAAAAUGACAAAACACAGGAGGCAGGAGGCAUGAGACGAGGGUAUAUGGGCCAUCUGACCCUUAUUGCAAACACAGUGGUGCAGAGCGCAGAGAAACAACAGGACAAAGAACAGAACCAAAUCACGCAACUAAUAAAAGAGUUGCCCGAGGACUAUAUCAGACGUUGGGAACAUUUUGUGAAUGAAACACUAGCAGAAACUAACAUGAAGAAUACGGCAGACCUGGUGUUCUCAGAUUAUCAGCUUCAACAGAUGACGACGAACUUCGUCGAUCAGUUUGGACUGAAUGAUGAUGAAUUUGGGGAGCAUGACGGCAGCAUCAGCGCCACAUUUGAUCGAAUCACAGAGAUCAACUUUAACCUUGUGGAUGAGGGGGCGAGCUCUGGACUCUUUGAAACUCGCACAAAAGAGAGAAUUCGGCAGUUUGAUGAAGCUGAGGAGGAGGAAGAUAUUUGGGAGGAUAAAGAAAUUAACUACUCGACACAAGUGAAAGCACGAAGCAGGUUUGGACUGGUGACUAACACUCAGAAGAGUGAGGCAGACGGCGGCUCUCAGAGGCGUCUGGGGUCACCUGAUCUCGAGUGGUUUCCAGAUUCCAAACAAAUGCCAGAGAACAUCAAGAAUAAAGUCAAGGACAAGAAGUCCAGUGAUCCUCAGAGUCCUGGAUGGAUUGCGAGUUUUGAAGAUGACUUCCGCAGUCGGGACUUUGCGAGUAUUGCGAUAGAUACGGGCUCCGGUGUGUGGGGCAGCUCGACAGCACCGCUCAGUGAGACGGAAGAGAAAGGAUGGGCAACGUUUGGUGACUUCCAGUCGUUCUGCUGUUCAGAUGCAGGGCCCAGAUGCAUCUCACCCGUUGACUUGGAAAAUCCAAACAAACUGAACCAAAAGGAAGAAAUUAAAGGCUCUUCUGCAUGUGUGUGGAGUGUGUGUGGGGCGAGGAAGGCUCCACUGGUGGCGUCCGACAGCAGCUCCAGUGGAUCAGACAGUGAGGAAGAGGAGGACAAAACCAACAUCAUCACAGAGACAGUCACCACAGGCAGUGCCAAGGAAGCCAUUAAACUUGAGAAAACAGUCAGGGAUGACUCCAGUAGUAAAGACCCAAUGUAACAGCAUCUCAAAGGACCCUCUCUACCUGCUGAUGUAUCCCCAUGACAGUGGUUGCUCCGCCCAUAACAUGUUUAAGGCUGUUUUCACAUGUCUCCCCUCUUUCUGGCAUUCGCUGUUUCCAUUGGUCUGUAGUCAUGUGGGUUUUUGUUGAGGGGAGGGGGGGGGUCCCAGCAUCAGCGGGUGGUACUAAAAUGAUCUGUGUAUUUCCUGAUGAAGACAUUUGCACCGUUAAAUGGAAAUACUGACCUUUGAACCCUCUGAGAACAGCCCCACUUCAGUCAAUGAGUGUGUGUUUUGGAACUAGAAUACAAUACACAGACAGGUGAAAUCUCGCAUAUGCAUAAACAUGCUGUGGUCGAAAGGUACAUAUACAGGUGUGAUUUAUUGUGUUUUGUUUUUUGUUUUUGAACCAGUAUUUUCCACUAAGAAUACAGCAAGAGAGCACGUGUUUGUGUUUAGAGUGGCUGAUCAAUAUUUCUCUGCAACAUAAUCUUUGGUUUUCGUACUGAUUUUAUUUCAGUACUGAUUUGUUUGCACUCAAGUUUUCACUACAUGAGUUACCAGCUCCAUCUAGCAUCUACUCAACAGAUACAUAUACAUACUGUAUUGGUAACACUUUACAAUAAGGUGAUAUUCAUUAACAUGCAUAGAACUAACAAUUAAUAAUCGUAUAUUCUGCAUUGACAAACCAAGAUUGAUAAAUGCUAUAAAAAAUAUUGUUAAUGGUUAGUUCAUCAUACUUAAUGCAUUUACUAAUGUUAACCAAUACAACCUUAUUGUACUGUUAUACCUUCCUUUCUAUGCUUGGGAGCUAAAUUAAUUGGGAGCGGGUCUCUAAAAAUAGUUUUGUUUGGUUGUAUACAUGUUGUCUUUUUUUUAAUGUUACUAAGAUUAGUUCACCCAAAAAUAAACAAUUUACUCACCCAUGUCGUUCCAAAACCUGUAUGACUGACUUCUGCGGAAUGACAUGAGGUUUAGAAGAUAAUGACAGGUUUUUUUUAUAUUGGCGUAAACUGUUCCCUUUAAGGCCGAAACAUACUGUACACAAGUGACUCGUGUGUAGUUGCAUUCUGAAAUGUGUGACACCACAAAACGAAAUUUGUAAUGCGCAUUUACACAACGCAAGUACGUGUUUAAUUCUCAAUGUUGCCACUAGGGGCGCUAUAAUGUUCAUUAUUGUGAACCAGGGCUGGACUGUUAAUCUGGCAUACCGUACAUUUUCCCGGUGGGCCGACCAGGGGCGGACUUGGCAGAACCGAGCGGGCCGUUGGGUCGGCCGCGAAAUGUGCCAAAUGGUCCGCGAUAAGCUAAAUUGAGCCGCUGCGUUAUGCAGAAUAGACAACAAAUCGGCGCUGCGAUAUCCAGAAAAGGACAGCGAACACCCCCCACACAACAUCUUUUGGAUCACCCACGCACCUCGCUAUUGCGUAACAUAAUUGGACAAAAAAAAAACAACCCCCUCCGUUGUACGAGUUGGUAUUGCCCAACUAAUGUCACAGCACUGGCCAGGAUGGGUCAAUUACAGUGGUUUAUUCUUUCUGGAUGAGGAUUUUUUGCAAUGCUUUUAUAGAUAAUGCUGAAGCGAAUGUUCAUUUACAGGAAUGAAUCCUUGCAAUUAUCAAUUUCUAUUAAAAAUAACUACUAAAGGGAUGAAAUAAUAUGUUCUGAGAUUUAAAUGGAGGAUUCGGUUUUCAGUGCAUCAAGCGCCCCCUGCAGGAAGAAAACUGUGUCUCACAAGACAGUCAGUGGCUGACAACAUGUGCAAUUUCGGUCUGUUACCCACACAAAACAUUCGUAAAAUGUGGAGUCAGUGAAGAUGUUAAAAGCAUCCAUGGGAAUGAUCCACCCCCUCCCAAUGUUCAAACCAAAUCUGUCAUUGUUUUAAAGGUGCUUUAAGCGAUUUUAUCAUGGAAAGGUAUGCAAAAAAUUUUCAUACUCCCUGAAGGAUAUUAAUGAAAUAAGUGACCUGAGAUAUCUGUCUGUGACCGCUGUAGACUUUGUAAACAACAAAUAGAAAUGUGUCUUUGCGUACAUUGAUGCUUUUUACCUGUCAAUCAUUUUGCUCGUUCUCGUAGUGUUGUAUUUGAUUCAUAACGUUUGUCAGUUGAGGGGCGCUAUUGUGCCGCUGUUGAAUUUGACAGCCACAGGAACAAACAAUGCUGCUCUUUUGCUCGGUUUGUCUCAAAAUUAUCUUUGGAGGGCGGGGUAUUGGAAUGAGGGGGCGUGGCUAAUUCAUCGGCUCAGUCACGCGAAAGCUCCAGAACGCUAAAAUCACUUACAGCACCUUUAAGGUAUUUUAAUCGCCCACUUGAGUACUGCAUUUUCUUUACCGCCACAUUAACACAGUAGCGUGUUGGCGAAGCGCGCGCAUCUGCAUACGUGUACUCGCAUAAAGUAUGUUUCUUGCCUUAAAUGUGUUCUAAUUAAGCUGUUGUAAUAUUGAAUAUAUUAUUGUCUCUGUGGUUGGUAUCAGAAUGAACUCUCAGGUGAAAAGGAAAUAGAAAAGUACGUGCGCGCCUUGAAAUAUCGGAGAAUGACACAUCAUUAUCUAUAACACGUGUCCAGCACACAUAUCCCUCUUAAAAGCAUCUUCCUGUAUCUCCAACAGGUCUUAGUAAUAAAUGUUUUAUGCUAAUUGUAUUUUUAUGACUAAUUUACAAGUGAAACACUAGAGCGAGUAAGUUUCGAAUUGAAUCUAGAGCGUUAGCAAUAAUAGUAUUAACAAUCUUAUGGUUAGUUUGACUAAUAAGUAUUAUUUUUUUUAAUGUAGCUUAAAGCACGCAAACUGUCUGAUCGUGCGAGUGAGUGUGUACGUGUUGUUUUUGCACUCUUAAAAACUUGUUUUUAUACCAAAUGCAACAGGAUGGGCUAUAAUGAGAGGUCCGUCUUAUGUCUACCUGGAUUUUGCAUUUACAAGCGAUUAGUUAUUAGUUGUGUAUGCGACGACAAAGAGAAAUAUUGACUGAUCGGUACCAGGCUCUGUGCUUGAAUGUAAUUCAUAUUUUUAUAUGAUUUGAUUAGAUGGUUUAUUUUUGCCAAAGUCUCUUUUAAUAUUUUUUCCUCCCGCUCUAACCUCCCGCUUUGGAAAACAGGGCUCUAUUCUCUCCCCGUGGAGACUGAAAUCUUUCCCAUUUGAACAUUACUACAUUUCAUUUAGCACUUCAGUACGGCCACCUACAGUAGUGGUGGAAAAGAGUUGGGAUCUUUACCAGAAAUGAAAAAUUUCUUCCAAGUAAACGGGUCUUAAUUAACUGUGUUGUGGUGAAUGUGUUCCUUACAUGUUUCGUUUACCUGUCAGCUGUUUUACGCGGUGUUAAAAUGUCAUUUUAAAAUGAAAUGCAAUUGCUAGUUUGUUCAAAGCGUAGUGACACGUGAGAAUGAGAAGAAAAACAAGAAAUUGUGCAUCAAAAUGUGAGACUGAUAGAAUUAUUCAAAUGCACACUCUAGUUGCGCACCUCUCUUACUCUUCCGCACUACCAAAAGCAAGAUUUUAAAGUUUGAGUCGAUGCAUUCGAUCCUGCUGUGUAAAAUUCAUUACAUUUCUUUCUUCAGCUCUUAUAUGUGUGUACAUAAAAACAUGAACACAUCCAUUAUAAACUGGUAUAUGUACUGCCUUGAAUCCAUCGUGUGAAUCUGGAACACAGGUCUGUUGUCAUUUAGUCAAAUGCCUUUUUAAUGUAAUCUGAUGCUGGUGGGUUUAUUUUUUUAUUUUUGGUAUUAUGCAAUACCUGUUAUCUGUUAUCAAAGUUAGGCUUUAAAAUCAGAUAUCAACGAUAUAAAUAUUUCAGAUGGGUUUGUGAGUAUGCGUGUUGUCUUCGUCAAAACACUUGUUUACUAAUAAUGUACAGUAUUGGGCUAUUAUGUACGUUAACGAAUUAAAUGAAUAUAGGAUCCAUAAACAUUUGGUAAGAUAACUUAGGCCAUUUUCAAAUAUAUAUUACACAUUCAUAGCAUGAACUACUGAUGCCAACACGAUGAACUGAUAUUAAGCAUUAUAUAGUGUUUAACAAUGACUCAUGAAAACAAUAAGGUGAUUUUUAAUGUAAUGUUUCACAGCCAAACAAGCAACACCUAAAAAUGUAUGAAUGUCAUUGCAUUGAUAAAACGAAAAACCCAAUUUAUUUUAACAGCAUUUAUUAAUCUUGGCUAAUGAUAAUUUAUCAAAAUACAAUUGUUCAUUGUUAGUUCAUAAUGCAUUUAAAUAAUGUUAAACUAUUUUUAAUUUUACACAUGUAUUAUGAUGUUGAAAUGAACAGUAACCAAGAUUAAUAAAUGCUGAAAACCUGUUGUUCAUUGUUAGUUACUAAUGUUACAAAAUAAAAUGUCAUACCUAAUGCACUUGUUUACAGCAAGGAACACAAGUAUUUUGCACACUUAAAAUGCAUGAAUGCCAUUGCAUUGAUAAAUAGAAUAAAUCCAACCGAGUGGAAUUUAUUUUAAAGACGGCAAACUUUUCAACACAUU